AUGCCCACCGGCCCAACAAUAACCUACUACUUCUCCUUCAUCUCCCUGUGGUCCCACAUCGGCAGCGCGCACCUGCACGCCCUCGCCGCCCGCCACAACGCCCGCCUCAUCUACAAACCCAUCAACCUGCCCCACAUCUUCUCCAUCUCCGGCGGGCUCCCCGUGGCCCAGCGCUCCCCCCAGCGCCAGGCCUACCGCCUGCUCGAAAUGGAGCGCUGGCGCCGUAUCCGCGGCGUGCCCGUCACACCGCACCCGCGCAUCUACCCCGCGGACCCCUCGCUCGCGCACCGCGUGCUGCUCGCCGCGAUUGAGGAGGAAGGGCAUGACAGCGGGCGCGUGCGGGCAUUUGCGCAGAGGGGGUUGAGGCUGGUGUGGGCGGAGGAGGGGGAUGUGGCGGAUGCGGGGACGGUGGCGCGGGUGGCGGGGGAGUGUGGGCUUGAGGGGGGACGGUUGGUGGAGAGGGCGGAGGGGGAGGGGGGGUUGAGGGAGCAGGAAAGCAAGCUAACGCGGGAGGCAGAGGAGGGGCGGUUUUUUGGGGCGCCGGUCUAUGUGUAUAGGGGGGAGCCGCUUUGGGGGCAGGAUCGGCUGGAGAUGUUGGAGGAGGUUUUGGGGAGUGGGCGGGAGGCGAUUGCGUUGCCGGUGGUAUAG